GCGGGGGGGGGCCGCUUUCGGGCGUAGGAGCCGGUGAGGAGCCGGAUCCUCAGACGAAGCGGCGGACGGGCCGGUGGUGUCCCCGGGGCCGCGAGGCCGGAAGCCGAGGAGGGCGGGGCCGGCCGUGGGGCCGCGGCGACGCCACACCGAGCGAGCGAGCGAGCGAGCGCCGGGGCCUGCGGGGAGCGAUGCUGUGGUUCCAAGGCGCCAUCCCGGCGGCCAUCGCGUCUGCCAAGAGGAGCGGCGCCGUCUUCGUGGUGUUCGUGGCAGGUGACGAUGAGCAGUCCACACAGAUGGCUGCCAGCUGGGAAGAUGAGAAAGUGACAGCAGCGUCUGCAAACAAUUUCGUUGCAAUUAAAAUCGACACCAAAAGUGAAGCCUGUCUGCAAUUUUCACAGAUUUAUCCUGUAGUCUGUGUUCCAUCCAGUUUCUUUAUAGGAGACAGCGGAAUCCCUUUGGAAGUAAUAGCAGGGAGUGUUUCUGCAGAUGAACUUGUUACAAGAAUUCACAAAGUCCAGCAAAUGCACUCAUCAAAAGGUGAAACAUCGGUGACAGAUGACAACCAGUCAGAAAGUUCAGUAUCUACCCCAUCUGCCUCAUUUGAACCUAAUGCUGUAUGUGAAAAUACUGAGUCCAGACACACAGAGCUUUGUAAGACACCAGCUGCUUCCGACACAAAGUCAGAUACUACAGCAGGAGGAGAAUGCUCAGGUUGUGACAACCCCUCCCAGGAACCUCAUGGAUGUUCAAACCAGAGACCAGCAGAGGAUCUCACCGUUAGAGUGGAAAGACUCACAAAAAAACUUGAAGAAAGGAGAGAAGAGAAAAGGAAGGAAGAAGAACAGUUCUUUUCUUUGAUUCAGAGAGAGAUUAAGAAGGAAAUUGAAAGGAGAAAAACUGGAAAGGAAAUGUUGGAUUAUAAAAGAAGACAAGAAGAGGAAUUAACAAAAAGAAUGUUAGAAGAAAGAAGCCGAGAAAAGGCAGAGGACAGAGCGGCUCGAGAGCGCAUCAAGCAGCAGAUCGCACUGGUGAGCUUCCCCGUGUCUCCGGCCGUUCAUCUGGAGACUCUGGAGCCAGGAGAAGUCCUGACCUUCCUUUUUCCUAGCACUGUUGCAAGAAUUCAGUUCCGGUUGCCUGAUGGUUCUUCCUUUACAAAUCAGUUUCCUUCCGAUGCUCUGUUAGAAGAAGCAAGGCAGUUUGCCGCACAGACUGUUGGCAACACCUAUGGUAAUUUUUCUCUAGCAACCAUGUUUCCCAGGAGGGAGUUCACCAAAGAAGACUAUAAGAGGAAGCUGCUGGACCUGGAGCUCGCCCCCAGUGCCUCCGUGGUGCUGCUGCCGGCAGGACGGCCAGCCACAUCCAUUGUCCAUUCUUCCAGUAGAGACCUUUGGACGUUACUGGGGACGGUGCUUUAUCCAUUCCUGGCCAUAUGGAGACUGAUUAGCAAUUUUUUAUUUAGUAAUCCUCCUGCACAGAGGUCAGCAAGAGCCACACCCACAGAGCCUUCCAACCCUGCGUCAUCCACCAAGUCAGAGAAAAGGGAACCAGUCCGAAAAAGAGUGCUGGAGAAGCGUGGGGAGGACUUUAAAAAGGAAGGGAAGAUAUACAGACUGAGGACUCCAGACGAUGGCGAAGAUGAGAAUAACACUUGGAACGGGAACUCCACGCAGCAGAUGUAGAUCGCGCUCAGUGGGACAGUCUUCACUGCUUCCCCAGGAGGCCACUCCAGCGUCUGCUGGACAAGUGGGGCUGCUUAUGUUUUCAGACCAUGGGUACACUCUUUAUUUCUGCUUAGAGGUUAUGAGUUCAAGUUGUUUAACCUGAAAAAGUCAAAAUAGGAACUAGCUGGAUGCUAGGUCCUUGUAUAGGGUAACCAGCUGCUGCUCACCCAGCCACCUACCAGUUCCUGCUCAAACUUUCCAGCCCGGUGUUUCAUUUAGAAUACUUUUUGCUGCAAGACUUUUAAGCCACACAAAGUAAUUGGUAUGUCACUGGGUAUCUGACCCUAGAGCUCUUCCACUAGCUAUCAGGUGAUAAUGAUGGUUAGCAUUUCUCUUUGCACUCAUCAGCUGCAAACAAAAUCUUGUAGUUUUGAUCUUACUUAAACCUUGAAUAAAAAUUUUUUCCAAAAAUGAGAAUAAUUUUAUUUUUGCUGUAAGCAUCUUUCUGUUGUCCAGGGCUGUAUCAAGGUCACUUUUGUCUGACUUUUUCUCUCCCAGCGCUGCCCUGAAGAUGUCAGCAAAAAACUGGCUAUGUUUCCUUUAAAAUAGAGAGUUCAGGGAUUCUGGAUCUUCCGGACACCAGGUCCCACGUGUCCUAGGUCACUGAGGCAUUUGUUGUUUUAUGAUCUGUUCUCAUCGAUGCCAAACAGAUGAGGAUGGAUAGUCUGCAGCCUCGUGUGCACACUCACGUUUGUGCUGAAGUUUCCCAUUCAGCAAUCACACUUCAGGACCAAAGGGUAGGACUAGGGAAGAGCAGACACACCUUCCUUCACUGCGGUUCUGCCUGAGUUCGGAAGACAUUCUCUAACUUACUGCUUCUUCCUCUAAAAGUCGUGAUGUGUGAGACCUGACGACCGCAUGUCAGAGAAGACAGCCGCAUCUGUGAGAGGAGGAGGGACUUUGUCCAACCCUGUGGGGUAGGAGGCUUGUGGGACGGUGUGCUGGCCGGAAGGAAGCAGGAGCUGCUGAGCUGCUGGGGACAACAGAACCCUUCUGAAAACAUGCCCAGAAACUUCAAAUGUCUCAUGCUUUGACACAGUAACUUUUUCUAAGUAGUGAUCAUCAUUGCAAAAGUUUAGCUAUGUAUAGACCUAAUUACUAGUUUAACUUAAAAACUGGAAACAACUAAAUGCUCUCUGUGGACGUAAUUUCUGUUGAGAAACGGUACAUACUAAUCCAGCACUUGCCAUAUUACUGAAUGCCUGCUGUGUGUUAGUGAAAAAAAAAAGGUAGGAGACCUAGGCAUAGGAUGAGUCCCGCUUUGUGAGUAAGUUUUGUGUGAGUUAACGAGUAGGUAAAGAAAGAAGAAAACAUUGUUAAUGGAUGGCCGUAUGUCUUAGUUCUUUGUACUCUUGAAUUUUCCCAGUCUUCUGCAUUGAUCAUAGUUACAUUAUUUAAAGAGAGUUUUGCUCACACUUAAAAUCCCAGCACUUAGUGCUCAGAGGCAGUCUGAGUUUAAGGGCCAGCCUGGUCUACAUAGCAAGUUCAGGCCAGCCAAGGCUACAAGAUAAAAGCCUUGUCUCAAAAACAACAAAAAUGUGAGUUUUCAAAAAUUUCUAGUAACUGACUCAUUUAAAAUCCAGUCUUCUAAAAUGCAGCCAGCUGGGGUGGUGUCUCAUGCUGUAGUCCGAGCACUUGGGAGGAGGAGGAGGCAGGAGUACCAAGUUUAUCCUCAGGUACAGGUUCAAGUCCAACCUAGGCUGAAUAAGAUCCUGUCUCCACAAUAGCGAGGCAAUAUAUGAUUUUUUUAAAAAAUACUUGUCAAGUGGGUAUGAAUCCUGGAAAAACAUUAAGUACCUCAAGUCAGCUUGUCUUGAAGAAGAUGAAAUACAAAUCUUAAAAUGUACAUAAUUCAUGUUUUGGUAGAGAGUUCCUCUUUAGCUUUAUCUCUUUAAAAAGUCCACAUGGUUCAAAAGCUCCAAAAUAGAGAAAAUGGUGUCUCUCUCCUGGCAUUGGACCCCACUACCAUUCCCCAGAAGUAACCUCUAUUAAUAAUUUCUAAUGUAAUUUUCAGAAAAAUUUUAUGCAUAUAAGCAAAUAUGUAAUCUUUAUUUUUAAAUAAAUGGGAUCAUAUUGUAUGUACUA